AUGGUGCAGAGCUAUCUACGCCACGGCCCGACAGAGGCAUUCGGGCUCGUGUGCAGCUCGUCUUCCAACUCGCACUAUGAUGGAAAACUCGCAUAUGUCCCCACGCUCGAGGAUGUGCUCGUCUGGGACAUGAAAAAAGGACAGAUGCUUGCAAUGUGGCACGAAACCGGACAUCGAGCAGAAGUUACAUGCAUUGGCCGCUCCCCUCAAAAGGACCACUUCGCGGUCGGGUAUGCCGACGGCUCUGUCCGGCUCUGGAGUGCGUCUUCGGCGUCGGUCCUAGCAACAUUCAAUGGGCACAAAAAGGCCGUUACGGCCCUCGCGUUCGACGAGUCAGGCACGCGCUUGGCCUCGGGUUCUCAGGACACUGACCUCAUUUUGUGGGAUGUGGUGGGAGAAGCUGGGUUGUAUCGGUUACGCGGUCAUCGGGACCAAAUCACCGCCAUUCGAUUCCUUCGCCCCGUCGCGGAGUCCGCGCCUUCCACUUCUACGGGAGUCGCGCCCGGGUUUCUUCUCACCGGGUCCAAGGAUACAUUCAUGAAGCUCUGGGACCUCUCUACGCAACACUGUAUUCAAACCAUUGUCGCUCAUCGCUCCGAACUAUGGACAUUAGACCUGGACCCCGAACAAAAUCUUGCGUUCACGGGCAGCGGGGAUGGCGAGAUGAAAGUGUGGAAGGUUGACCAUGAAGCGCUGGCUCAGGGUCUCCGCGAAACUGAAAAUGGAGGGGUCUCGAAGUUCAUCCACCCGGCAACCACGCUUCCUCUCGCUUCUUCCCACAAAGUUUCUCAAAUUUCCUUCCACCCUCACAAGCCUUUCCUUGCCGUGCAGUCUCAUGACAAGUCUGUGGAAGUCUUCCGAAUCCGUACUGAAGACGAGAUCAAAAAGAAGCAGGCCCGGAGACGCAAACGUGCCAAGGAGAAGGAGCAGGAGAAGAAAGACAAAAGCAAGCAUAAAGGGGAAGACACCGAUAUUCACAUGGAGGGAGAACAAGACGAGCCAGAAGUGGCUAUCGCCAACCUGUUCCAACCGUACGUGAUCGUACGGGCGAGCGGCAAGGUCAGGUCGUUCCAUUUCGACGAAGAGGAUUCGGCAGCAAAAGGCAGUGUGCACUUGUUUGUCGCUCUUUCCAGCAAUGCCCUAGAAGUCUACAGCAUUCCCCCGCCGACCAAAUCAAAAGACGACCCUCCGGAAGCGAGCCGGAUCUUCUCGGUAGAUAUUCCCGGACACAGGUCAGAUGUUCGAACGCUAUGUCUGAGCUCCGAUGACGGUCUUUUGGCGUCCGCCUCCAAUGGAUCGCUCAAGAUAUGGAAUAUGAAGACCAUUGCAUGCAUUCGCACUAUGGACUGUGGAUACGCCAUAUGCAGCACCUUCCUCCCAGGAGACCGUCAAGUAGCUGUCGGCACUAAGUCAGGCGAGAUAUUGAUUUACGAUAUAGCCUCGUCCACGCUCGUCGACACUCUGCAGGCGCAUUCCGGCACUGUAUGGUCCAUCCAUGUUCGUCCAGACGAAACCGGUCUUGUAAGCGGCAGCGCGGAUAAGGAUGUCAAGUUUUGGGAUUUCGAGCGCAAGCCCGCCAAUAGCGAGAACCCUCGAGGUACACACCUCCUCACACUGGUUCAUGUGCGAACCCUCAAAAUGACGGAUGACGUGCUAUCGGUGCGGUAUAGCCCGAAUGGCAAGUUGCUUGCAGUCGCACUACUCGACUCCACCGUCAAGGUGUUCUACCAAGACACCCUCAAGUUUUUCCUUUCCCUGUACGGCCACAAGCUCCCUGUGCUGUCGAUGGACAUAUCGGGCGACUCAAAGCUCAUCGUCACCUGCUCUGCCGACAAGAACGUCAAAAUUUGGGGCCUCGACUUCGGCGACUGCCACAAGUCUCUGUUCGCGCACGACGAGAGCGUGAUGCAAGUCGCCUUCGAGCGCAACGACACGCGAGAUCUGGAGAACACGAAGCCUUCGCACUAUUUCUGGACCGUCGGCAAAGACAAGAUGGUCAAGUACUGGGACGGCGACAGGUUCGAGAACAUCCAGAAGCUCGAGGGCCACCACAGUGAAGUGUGGGCACUUGCUGUCAGCCAUCACGGCAAGUUCGUAGUUACCGGGUCGCACGACAAGUCCAUUCGCGUGUGGGAGAAGCUCGACGAGCCGCUGUUCCUCGAAGAAGAGCGCGAGCGCGAGCUCGAAGCUCUGUACGAAACCGGCAUCGCCGACUCCCUCAACCGCGAGGACGCACCCAUCGGCAGCGGAGCCCCCGGCGCCGACCCUGCCGCCGCAGGUGCCGCCGAGACAGGCGCGGUGUCGAAGCAGACGACGGAGACCCUCAUGGCCGGGGAGCGGAUCAUGGAGGCCCUCGACCUCGCGGACAACGAGCUCGAGCAGACGCGCGAGUACGAGGAGGCUCUGCACAAGGGCGGGCUCGCGCCGGGUACCGCCCCGCCGCCCCGCCAUCCGAUCCUCGCCGCGUACGACCGCGUGAACGGCACGGCGCUAUACGACGCGCUGCUCGUGCUGCCGUUCGGGAAGGUGGUGAGCCUGAUGCGGUAUCUGAACCACUGGGCGCAGAAGGAGUGGAACAUCGUCCUCACCGCGCGUAUCAUCUUUUUCCUGCUCAAGACGCACCACCACCAAAUUGUCGCGAAUCGGGUGAUGCGCACCGCGCUCAUCCCGCUCCGCCGCAGCCUGCGCGACGGGCUCCGCCGCCAGAAAGAGACCAUCGGCUACAACCUUGCCGCGCUCCGGUUCGUGCAGCGGCAGAACGACGCGCGGAGGACGGCCGAGUUCUUUGAGCGUGAGGAGGCACCUACGGAGGAAGAGGUGCGUGCGAAGAUCGCAGAGGGUGGAAAGAAACGGAAGAGGGUGAACGUGAAGGCGUAA